CCCAUUAUUGGCUCACGCAAACCUCGGCAUGUUGUAACAAAUACCAACAUUAGCGCGACCAUCUGGCGACGACUAUCUGGCGACGACUUCUCGUCAUUUAAAUUUCCCGCGGCACACGGCCAUGCCGCGUGAGAGGGAUGACUCGGACGAUGAAGACAUUCCGCUGCACCACAAACGCCCCUUUGGCGCUGGGCUGAAGCGCAAGAAGAUUGAGUUUGUCAAAGCAACAGAUCCAGAUGCCAGCAAUACGGUCAAAACCGUUGGCGGACAGACGGCGUCUAUCGGGGAUAUCUACGCCAGCAUAGUUUUGGGCAGCAGCUCUACAGAUUCGGCAUCAAAACCCGAAGCUACUAGGGAUGAAAAGGAAGAUGCCAUAUCGCCGGCAGAAGAGCAGCCUGAGCCUCCGGUAUGCCCGGUCUGCUCUCUUCCCAUCACUACGACGCUGCAGAAGCAUGAGGCCUCGCUUGCGCAUCAAGUGAGCCUGGAGCAUUCCCAUCCGCCAUCUGCGAUAGAUCGAUCGCGCAUGGGUUUGCGGGCCCUAGAAUCCCAGGGCUGGGAUCCCGAUUCCCGCCUGGGUCUGGGCCGUGAGGGCGAGGGAGCCCGGUUCCCCAUCAAGAUACUCCCGAAAAAGGAUACGCUGGGCGUUGGAGCAAAGCAGCCGGCAAAUCAAAAGGUGGAAGAGAAACCACGGCCGCUGACUGCUAAGGAGAUGCGCGCUCUGGCGGAGAAGGAGAAAAGGAAAGGAGAGCGGCUACAGGCUGAGAUGUAUAGCCGCGUGGAUGUGGAGAAGUAUCUCAGGGGAAAUGGAGGUGAAGAUGGCUUGUGAGAGGAAGUAGAGUUGACGAUGUACGGAUGGCACGUAUAGAGAGAGAAUGGACGUAUCGUCAAAGCAAUGGAUAUAGCUCUUCAGCUGGAGGUUCAUACGAAGGUGUGGCUGAAUGAAUCUGACUCUAUUAUGGAUGUG